CUCCUUAGCCAGGGCGGUGCUGAGUUGUGCACCGGAAGCUGUAGUCCUGUCAGCAGAAGCUCGUCCACCCUAAUGGCGGACUAAACCUGCCACUAGGACUACAACUCCCGGCAUGCUCCGCUCCCUCGGCACGGGCAGCCAAUGGGGGGGUGACGGGGGGCACUCUGGGAGUGGCGGUUGUUUCAAGAUGGCGGAGGCGGGCGGUGGGCCGGGCGGUGGUGUUUACUGGAGUCAGGGCAUUUCUGAUGGAGAACAGCGAAUGGUAUCUGUUUCAGGAGUGGCUACAAAAGGAAAUUUAAGAACAAGGUGUUUGCCAAAAAAUCAGAAAACUGAAACUGAACUAAAGGUGCCUGCGGCUGCUGCUUCCAUUCCCAUGGAUCCCGUUAGAAGCACAGGAGAUCUGACAGGGCAGCAGGUCACUAAUGAAGGAGGAGUGAAGAGUGCUUCUUUAAAGGAUUUGUGUCCUGAGGACAAGAGGCGCAUUGCAAACUUAAUUAGAGAACUUGCCAGGGUAAGUGAAGAAAAGGAGGUGACAGAAGAACGGCUGAAAGCUGAACAGGAGUCAUUCGAGAAGAAGAUCAGACAGCUAGAGGAGCAGAAUGAACUUAUCAUCAAGGAAAGGGAAGAUAUCCUUUAAAAAUAUGUGCGGGGGCUCACUGUCUGAAAUAAAAAGUGAACUGCAGAGAAAUAAUUGUUCUAAUUUAUGGCAGAGAAUAAAUCUGCAUGUGCUGCCAUUCAAAAGCAAUCAAAGAGAUGACUUGUCAGCCUGUGAUGCUAGUUCAUUUGAGCUUAAAACUGCCAUCCAGCUGUUCCUGUGAUGUUGUUUUGCUAUGAAAUAGGUAUUUGUCAACUAAAACUGACAAUAAGUAAUUUGUGCAUUAAAAUAUGGUUAUAGAUUUAUUUAUUAAUUUACUUAAUCCUGUUAA